AAAGGGCAAGAUGUGUAGAUUGAAGAACAAUGGACACCAAAAGUGAAAUUGAAUGUGUGGACUUCAGUAAAGCAGGUACAAAAAGGAAAUGGGUGGCUACAAGUGCAUCUCUGGGUUCAUUCGUUGUGUUACUCCUAGUUGUUGCAGCCUAUCGUGUCUAUAGUUCUGAUAGAAAAGAAAAGGCGAAUCAAUUAAAGAUUGAAAGAUUUUUAGACGAUUACAGAGCUCUCAAACCUAACAGAUAUUCAUAUGCAGAUAUUAAGAGGAUUACAAAUGACUUCAAGGACAAGUUAGGGGAAGGAGCCUACGGAACUGUUUACAAAGGAACGCUUUCUUCUGAACUCUUUGUUGCUGUGAAAGUCCUCAAUAGUUCUAAGGGAGAUGGGGAAGAGUUCAUCAAUGAAGUGGGAACAAUGGGUCAUAUCCACCAUGUCAAUGUCAUUCGCUUGGUUGGCUUUUGCGCUGAUGGAUUUAGACGAGCUCUUGUUUAUGAGUUCUUACCAAAUGGUUCACUGCAGGAUUUCAUUUCAUCACCAGACAAUAAGAACAGUUUCCUUGGUUGGGAUAAGAUGCAAGAUAUUGCUCUAGCCAUAGCCAAAGGAAUUGAAUAUCUUCACCAAGGAUGCGAUCAGCGAAUCCUCCAUUUCGACAUCAAACCUCAUAACGUUUUGCUAGACCACAACUUCACUCCAAAGAUUUCUGAUUUUGGUUUAGCCAAAUUAUGUUCCAAGGAUCAAAGCAUAGUGUCAAUGACUACAGCUAGGGGCACCAUGGGCUACAUUGCACCUGAAGUGUUUUCCAGGAACUUUGGAAAUGUGUCCUAUAAGUCAGAUGUGUAUAGUUUUGGAAUGCUACUGCUUGAGAUGGUAGGAGGAAGGAAGAAUGUCGGUUCAGCCACGGAGAAAACAAAUGAAAUCUACUAUCCCGAAUGGAUUUAUAAUCUUCUAGAAGAAGGAGAUGACCUACGCAUCCAUAUUGGUGGAGAAGGAGAAGGUAAAAUUCCAAAGAAACUUGCAAUUGUAGGGCUCUGGUGCAUCCAGUGGCAUCCAGUGGAUCGUCCUUCAAUGAAAGCUGUGGUUCAGAUGUUGGAAGGAGGAGAAAGCUUAACCAUGCCUCCCAAUCCCUUUGCCUCUACAGGUGCUGCCGAAACCAAUGCAAGUACGGCUGCAAGAAAUCUAAACAUUCAGUUAGAAACAAUUCCUGAGUUGGAGUAACAUGUGUACUUAUACAUUACAUCAUUACAUGUAAACACACUAAUGUAUGCAAUCAAGAAUGAUCAUAUAGUUCUUGAUGUU